UCUAACAUUGAGUGAAAGCUUCUGAGAGUUUCUAUCGCAGAGAAAUGAGACUUUCCAGCAUGUGAAUACACACAGCGUUUAACUGGUGAUCCAUUUGAUGGGACGGCAACUCAUAGAUGUUCCAAAACACACGGAUGAAGCAGGAGAAUGAGUGCUAAAUCAAGUGCCCGGAAAGUUCGUAAUGAGGACAUCAACCCUUGCAUUGAGGAGAGUGACGGUUCUCAGAAAUGCUUAAACAUGUAUAACUAUGAUAAGAGCAUGUGUUCUGCCUACUUCCAAAGGUACAAAAACUGCAGGAAAUACUGGCAUGGUGUGAUGGUGCAGCGUAGGCGUGACGGAGUGAAGCCUGACAUGCCCACUGCUGAGGAGCGUGAACAGAUAUUAGCAGCCCUUGGAGGGAAACCCUAUUAACACACACACACACACAUACAUACACACAGAGCAAAUACAUAACCUACUGAGGCCUGGAGUGAAGAGUUUGUUUGGAUGCAGUUCCUUAGAAUGCUCUGACACUGUGCCUCACUCUGAUUGGAGGAGCACUCAGUGUGUCUGAUUGCGCAGCCUAUAGGGCGACUGAAUCCACCCCCUUUGGCAAGCUCCGACUCUGCUGUUUGAAUGCGUGUGUAAGGGUGUGUUUGUGUGUGGGGGUGUAUGAAUGUAUCCUCAACUCAUGGUACUACUAUGAGGAGUUUCGGUGCUUUGAAACAUUGAAUCCAGUUCUCCCCCCCUCCCAAAAAAUGUGACCUUUCAAUUUUACAGAACACCCCCCACACCCACAUACACCCACACUGGCACAAACCAGGGUCUGUUUAUGACACAUUUACACCUCAGGCUUGAGGCUUAAUAUUCUGUUAAUGAGCUGUUAGGUAAAUCAAAGACAAAUUCUAGACGUUUGGAACCCUUCAUUUUGAAGCUGCCACAGUGUAGAUUCACCAGGCAGAAAAAGUGAGAGAUGGCCUAGGGGGGUGGGAGGGGGGGCCCUCAUUGUUCUGAGCUGGAAUCAUGUUAUACAUACGUUUUAUCUGUGUUUUUGGAGAUGUGUGUCUGUGGUCAAAGGGUGUUUGAGUGUGUAUGAGAGUGAGAGUUCAGACUGUGCCAUCAGCAACCUUAUCAGUUCUAUUUAACAAAUCUGUUGUGUGUAUGCAUGAUGUCACGAGAGAGACUCUCAUGAACUCUGUUGAAUUAAAAAAUAUA